AUGGUUGUCGCGGGACUUGGCCCCCUGGCCCCACCUCCAUACGCUGUACCUGACGUUGCAUAGUAGGUACCAAAAGUCCCUAACAAAUGAGCUGAUAGCAUUUGUGCGUGCGUACAUGCCAUCCCACCAAACGAGAAGGUGGAGAUACGACCACUAGGACGAGAUUCUUAUUCGUCUGGCGUUUCAGAUUCUCACUCGGACUCAUCAUAACAAAGAGCUAGAGGAGGGAACACAAGAAACGGGUGCUUAGUACGAAUGACUACCCACACAUCUUUAUCAAGUGGUGUAUCCGCAAAAGAGUUGGACGACCAAUUCAAGCUGAAAACAAAUGUUGGCUAACGCUUCCGUACGGCAAGAACGUCUCGGAGUGCGCGAAUCGCCUUCCCCCACCACGGGGAUUUGAAAUAGCGUGCCGACCAAAGACAAAUACCGGACGCCAGGUAAUGAGGUCAAACGACUCACUGCUACAGCAGGAAACACCUGGAUUCGUUUACAGGAUCGAAUGCAGUAGCGGGCAAGACAACCGCAUCGGAGAAACUAGGAGAUAUCUCUGGGCGCGGAUGGCCAAAUACGAGGAAUGACGCCAGCUAUGAAGUCGCGGCCCAUUCGACGGGACCCGGCCAUACCUUCAAGUUUUUGCGAGGUUAUAACCGCGUAUGUCACUAGCUACUUAAUUCAACGUUCUCCAGUCCGCAGUCGAUUAAAAAGCACGACGAUCUCCCCCCUCCAUGGUCGCCUCUGAGACUUUCCCUGUGCAGAUUAAUUGGCCACGCGGGAAUCGCGCGGACAAACAGUACCUAAUGCAGGGGGGGCUCACCGAUCGUUCUUACGGAACGAGUGAGUUCCGUAAGAACGAUCGGUGAGCGCCCCUAUCAUUGUAUAUUCCCGAUCGAAACCGACAGGGCAACGUGCUCGUGGCCCAGUGGUUAGAGGCGUGGACUUCUAACUAACAGGUCGCGAGUUCGAGCCCCGGGUGUUCCACACUUCGGGGUUGGGUAUGACUUGGCUGACAAUGGCUAAUAAGCCAGAAAUGGCCAUUCCAGUCUCCCUUAUCUUUGUCGGUAAUGCCAUUCUGCCUAUUGCCUAUUGUGUCAGUAUCCGCGGGUCGAAUAUCCAAGAAUCAAAACCAGUGAUGAAACUGCUGCAGCUAACGGUCUGCCUGUCGACGAAGAAGCCAUUAUUUCUCCAAGUACGAACACUGGCGAUGAAUGCGGUGGAAUAGCAACUGCAUCCUGCGACUACUGCACCCCUUGUGUGUCCAACAAGUGUCCGUACUUUAGCCACAUUAUGAACUGUGAUCAGCUCGAUUACCAUCUCGUUCCACAGUGGAUCGAUAAGAAAGCGGUAUUUGCUAUCAAGUUCAUAUCCUCAGUCUGUUGCCAACGUCUUGUAUGGUGGCAACACUUGCAUAGUCGAAAGAAAUAACAACGUAGGACAGUACACGGCGGUGAGCUAAAGGCAAUAAAAUGAACUACGGACAGGUGACAAGAAAACUAGUAGGGUUCAGUUGGCAGAAGGCGGCCUUCACGUUGUUGGUAAAAGCGUGUCACAACUUUUUUGAGAAUUGAGAAUACUACUUAGUUGUGAGGCACUUGGUGUACUGGGUAACGCGCCUGGCCUCAACUACGGAGAUCUGUGUUGCGACCCUCCCUGAUUGGAACUCAAGCAUAUUGUGCUUCUCCCUAUAAUAUUAACUUUCAGGUGUUGGAUAUACUCGAAUGCAAAUGACUCCAAUCUCGGCAGUUGAGUCGUCGCCUCCAUCUAUUAUCGCCUGUGCUCUCAUGCCCGUUUCCACUUUGGUCGGCACGGCAACUUUAACUGCUGCGCAGGGCACUUCCGACUGACAGUGCACGGGUUCUAUGACGAAAACCGCGUCACUACUGAUCAACUUUGCACGGAUGUGACAGUCCAAUUGACUGAGUUAAAGACCUGGUUAUCCGACGAACGCCUACCGAGAACACACAAAUAUUCUACUGUCGUUUACGACUGUGUCCACCGUAUGCCCCACAGCAUGGUGAGCAAAGAGAUGCUAAUUUGCGCGUGAAUUGGUUUAUAAUGAUGGCAGACUUGCGCCUAAACUACCGUACUCUCUCCUCGUUUACCCACCUGCCCUCGGUGUCGUGACAGGGUCGAGAAGGCCGGAGGCUGAACCGAGUGCAGGGAGCUGGUGUGGCAUGGACCCGCGCCCAGGCGUACCACCAUAACCCCAUGCCUGACAUUAUUAUGAGUGCACAUAUUUGGUUUCCGGUUAGUCCAGCGCAUCUAGCGCGAAGCCUGUUCAAGGGGGCACUUACCGAGAUGAAUAAAGAACAGGCAAGCAAGCAUAAAUGCGUAUUUAAGCGUCUGUUGUUUGCACUCGUCUUGUGCGGGGCGCUUGCGCCAGACAAGUCAACCCCGCAAAGUAAUCGAUUAUCCUCUCCUCCAGACCGUCAAGCGGAGAUUUUUCAGUAUUCACUUUUAUUUAGCUGUGAAAACUCGGUGCCUCGGUGGGAUUCAAACCCACGACAGCAAGGGGAGGCUUUAAUGCAGCCAACGCUCUAACCAUAGGAGUUACGAGGCUUCGCUGAAAGACGCGAGUUUAAUCACAUUUGGGCCAAGUUUACCCACCCAACCUACUGCAACGUCUGGAAUCCACCAAAUCUGAUACACUAAGUUGACUGUCCAAGCAGGAUUUCCUAAGUAAUUCACCAAGAAUCCACCAGAUGACUACCAGGCUCACGUAUCGUUGAAAGGACGUUCACCGGUCAGGUUACGGAACGCGUUCAUCCAGUUGUUCCUUGGGCCUCCAUCUAGAGCCCUCAGCAGCAGUCGUAAAGAGACCAGUAAUGGUACGGGAAGGGAUAUCAACACAAGGAGACUUGCACGGUUAUUUCUAAUUUAUUAGUCGUCGUCUGAACCACUUCCACCUCAGUUGUCUUCGUCGCAUCCUGAGGUUAAAGUGGAAGGAUCGAAUCCCCGACACUGAUGUGCUGGAACGGACGGGAAUCCUCAGCAUCUACGCCAUACUGAGGCAAAUUCAGCUGCGCUGGAGCGACUACCUGGUGCGCAUGGACAACGAGCGACUACCCAAACGACUCUUCUACGGAGACGUCGCGACGGGUUCUCGCCGUCAAGGAGGCCAGAUUCGCCGUUACAAGGAUACCCUGAAGUCCUCCCUGAAAUGCCUGCAAAUCAACCUGACCAACUGGGAGGAGCUCGCACUCGAUCGACCGACCUGGAGGAGGACAGUGAAGACAGGCGCUACGAUCUACGAAGCCAACCGCAUCGCUGCCGCCAAAGCGAAACGUGAAGCCCGCAAAUCACAACUUCGCCCAGUAAGCAACGCCGCCACACAACCGCUUCCAACGUGUCCUCGAUGUCAACGGACAUUCCGGGCUCGAAUCGGACUUGUUGGACAUCUUCGGAUUAACUGCGUCUCUCGAACGGCACCAACCAUCGUCCCCCCGCCUGCCUCUUCUCCUCCUCUCCGCCGCCAACUAACCCUGACAAUUCUUCUGACUUACCACUUCCAUCAUCCUUUUCCUCCUCCUCCUCCUCCUCCUCGCCCACUGCUCCAACGGGGGCCGCUCAGGCAACUGUCCCGCGCACAACAACCGACACUACCACCACCUCCCCCGACUCCAGGGAUGAGGAUCAGGACUACACCUGCCCUCACUGCGACCGUAUCUUCACCUCACACAUCGGCCUGGUGGGUCACUUGCGAAUCCAUCGCACAGAGACUGGCGAACCAGUGCCUGGAGCACCCACCUAUACCCAUCAAGCUCGUCUCAACUGCCCACACUGCCCUCGCACUUUCAGGCAUCGCAUGGGCCUAUUCGGCCACAUGCGCAUCCACGACGACCUGCGGUAGACAACCCCCGGUUACACCACACAUUCACACACUCCCUACCUCCUCCACCACCACCAUCACCCCACCAGAAAUCAACACUCACACACCUCAUGCACCCAACUGCCCCCUCCCACGCAAGUGGGAAGUCCGCAUCUCGACUCGGUCCCCAUGCGGCUUCGGCUGCACGGGUGACUUGAGCCCGAGACUAUCCCGACACGUCAAGCGUCGUGGAUAG